GAAAACUUGUGGAUCAUUGCUAUUUGUUAACGAAAAUCGAUUGUGCAUCAAUUUUGGGUUCGGAUAUUGCAGUGUCUGACUGGACAAUGUAUACUUGACGGAAUACCAAAUUAGUCACUUUCUCGGAAACAUCUCUGUAAAUGUGAAAUGUGUAAGUGCGAUUGGAGCUCUCAAAAUUAUUACAGUUGACUAGUCGGAAAUUCUCCUAUCAAAUCAAGAUGGUUCGAAUGGCUUGACGCUACUUUGGCCUCGGAUUUUGGAACCGCCAAACAACGAUUCUGUGUAGAAACAAUGUUUAUAGUAUAUUCUAUUACCUUUAAUGGUUUAAGUUACAGUUAAUUAGAUUAUCAGUAUGAAUUCUUUAAAAAGAAACAUCAAGGAUUCACAUAGUUACAUAAUUGAAACAGUCGACAUUUAAAAGUAUAAAAAAUAAUUUAUAUGUUGUAUCCAAACAUAAUUUAAUGUGUGAUGCUCACAGAUGAUUCGAUCUACAUCGUCACGUCGCUAUUAUACUUAAAUAAGCUAUCUACAUGCUCUUUAAUCAAUAAAAAUUGUAAUCCUUAUCCGUUACUUAUUCGCAUACAAGUAAAAAUUUAUUACAAGAGAAUUUUCACUGAAGUCUUUAAAUUUUUGCUGCAACCACAAAAAACACACACAACAUAUUUCAAAUCAUCUAAGAACCAACCCAUUCAAAUUUCCAUUGUGCAUUAAUAAAUGCAUUUAAUAAUGCAUAAGUUAGUUUUUCAAAUGCUAUGCUUAUUAUUCGGUAAUGAAUUGGUACUUACAACAAGUGAAAGUGAUCCAAGCGAUGUUUUUAAUAUAGAUCAUACAACUUUUGAGCAAAGAAUUGCAGCUAUAUUCAACAAGGUUGCUCAUAGUUCUGCAACAACAAAACGAAGUGUUCCGGCGUAUGAAGCACAAAUAUCACAGAGUACUACACAUUCAACAACUCCAUCUUCAAAAGACUUUUCUUCUUUUUCAACCCCUUUGGUAUUAUAUCCUAUGGUUACUACAAAGUCAACCAACCCUCCAGUAUUUCAAGAUUUACAAUCAUAUGGGCCUCCUUCGAGAGCACUUUUCACUCCACCACUUCCGCCGGAAUAUGCGAAUCCAUUUGCUAAUAAGCCAACACUUAGAGGAACAAACGUUGAUAUUCAUCAAAGUAUCAGGCGUCCCAUACCUCCUCCAAGCCUCACUCUAUCACACGAAAGAAUACCGAUAAAACCACCGGAUUUGAUUGAAGAUAGCACAAAAAUUAUUAAUAAGCAAUCUAAAACAAAAGACGGAGGACAUGAUUUUAUAAAUAAAGAACAAUUUGAAAUGCCAGACGGGGGGAAAGAUUUUAAUAAUACUAAUGAUUACACUUCGUCUUUGCACAUAACUAGUAUUUCAAGAAUAUUGUUAGGUAGUAAUGGUCGAAAACAGGAUAUUCCUGAAGUUUUACUGAAACAAAUUUCAACUAAAUCACCCCUAGGACACUUGAACAUCAAAUAUCAAAGUAAAGAACAAACAACUGUCUCCAUUGCUCAAUCAAUUGAUGAGAUUCACUUUACUUCAUCAUACUCUCCAAUCAUAACCGUGUCAAAUGAAAAAAGUAGUACUGAAGGAAGUGAUAGUAUUUACUAUGAGAGUUCCCGGAAAAAUGAGCAACCAGUUAAUAAACACAAUCUUGGUAUUAGAAAUAAUGAGAAAUUUUCAUAUUCUCAGCCUCAACCUCCUAUGUUACCAUCAGAAAUUCCUGAUAUUAAGAAAAAUGUAAGAAAUUUAAAUUUACACUUGAUUUCACAUACCUUAGAACCCAUGUGGAAGAUAGCUUUGUCACUUCAUGUUUAUUUAUCAGCUCUAGUUUUUACAUUAAUAGCACUUUACUCAGUUUAUAAAAUAGUUCGAUUUAAUGAUGCAACUAAUCUUUUAACGCAGUGGUAUUUUUUGACUGUUCACUUAUUAUUAACCUUAAUUUGUACUUUACGAUGCUUCCAUCUAUUUUACGAUGCAUACAAUUUAGGUCAUUCUUUACCAGAAGCACUUUCAAAUAUACUUAUGUUUCUACCUUCUUCUUUACUUACUGCAGUAUUUGCUACACUUAUUCUCUACAUGUUUCGAUGUUCCGUAGCCCAGACUAUAUACCACAAUAAAUUUUGGUCACCAUUUAUAGUUGUUGUUGUAUUCAUUAUUUAUACAACAUUAUCUCUAUCUUUUUAUAUAUCUGAUCAUUUUCUUGGUUUAAAAAAUAGUUCUAAAAUACUUUAUCUUAUUUGUCAGUGCAUAUAUGUUAUAAUUUGUGUAGCAUUAGGGCUAUGUUAUAUGUAUGUAUAUCGUGUGAUAAAGACACAAUUACAUAUAAGUGGUACUAAAUCAAUUAGUAAUCACAUGACUACAGACAUUGCCAUGUCUACUCUUAGAACUGCCAUUACUAUAACCAUUUCUACAGCAUUACUUUUUAUUCUUAUGGGUUUUGUACAGUUGUAUGGUAUAUUUAAAGUUCAAGAUCAUCUCCAACCACACUUUUGGUUAUGGUGGUGUUGGGAAUUUCUUGUUCGUGUUAUAGAGUUGAUAAUUUGUACAUUAAUUUCAUGGGUCGCAAGCUUAUCGCAAUAUCAAACUCGAGAGAAAGAAGUUCAGCAACAUGUUGUUCACUCGGGAUUUGCUCUAUUUCCGUGUGGUAACUCUUUUUCAGCUGAACAUAUAGAUGAUGCAUUGUAUCCAGCAAUAUGUAGUACGAAUCAAGCAAUCCACAACUAUACAGUUCGUACAGGUAAACAAGUUUAUGAUGACAGUUUUCCCUUGAAUACGUUAUCAGAACAUCUAAAUGUUAAUAAUACAUUCGAAAGACAUUCUUCAAGAAAGUCUGAACCAUCAAACCAUUUUUCUCAAGAGUUACGAGAUUCUUUUACUCAUCAAACGAAUGAAACGCAUAGUUUUUGUAAACUAGAUAGAAAACAUCAGUAUAAAGCUUCUACACAAACUAACGGAAAUUCUUCAGCAUCCGGAUCUACAAUGUUAGUCGCUGAAGAUGGUUUUGUCAGAUUUAGAAACUUAGGAUCUGAGGAAGAUUUAACAGAUUCUCAAACGUCAGUCGUAGUAUCUUUAGAUAAAAGAAGAAACUCUAUCACAUGUAGUGAUAGAUUCCGUGUAAAAGAGACGACUGCAAUGACUCAGAUAGUGCAAAAUCAUCAAAAUUCUAUGCCUCACUUACAUUCCAGUCAUCGAAAUCACGUUUGUAAUGAUACAUAAAGAAAAAAUUUUACAUAAUACUUAUUAUCUUAAUGGUAACUUAAAUGUAUUCAUGUAUAUGCGUGUGUGUGUAUACUUGUAAAAAAUUAAACUACUAUUUAUAUAGGCAUACCUCUAAAUCAACACUCAUCUAACUAUACAUACAUACGUUCUUAAAAACAAAGAUGCAUGCAUUUAUAUUGAAAACUGAUAUCAAUGCUAAUAUGAAACAUAGGAUAAGUAUGCAAUUAGUCUGUUGACAACAUGUGUUGUAUAAAAUUUGAUUUUUGUAUCAUUGUACUAAACGAAGUAAGUUUCAGGUAUAAAAGCAUAUUAACCAUAAAGCAAGGAAUCGACCUCUAAGAUAGCAUUAAACACUACGUUUAAAAAAAAUAAGAGCAAACUCUAUCAUGAUUUUCUUUCAUUCGAGUCAAUCAUAAAUAUAAUAAAAAUAGAGCUAAAAAAAUUUAUCCUAGCCUGUAAAAGUCGUUAGUCUUGUGAUGAAUCCAUAGCUAUCUGAUUUGUGGCUUACAUUUUUAACAGUUUUCAAAAUUUUUAUACAUCAGAUAUUCACAUAACAAUAUGCAUACACACAUAUAUAUCAGAUAUUCACACAAUAAUAUGCAUACACACAUAUAUGCACAUAUUCAUACGUAGUUUUGUAAGUCUGCGUGGUUCGAAAUUUCACAAAAACCUUUUAUUUUCUGCCCAAACAUCUUGCACGUUCCGCCUGUACUCUUUUGUUUAGAUGUUACUAAAUACAAAACUGAACGCGUGCAAAAAAUAUAACUUUUUAACUACACGUGAUAUGCCUAACCAGGCAAAAUAAAAUCAAUGAAAAAAAAGCUAUUAGUUUUAUCAGGGGUUUGAACAAAAAGUGACUACUUACAAGAAUUAAUAGCAGAAAAAAAUCUUUUUCUUUUGGAUCACUCAAACUACAUAUGUACGUGAAUGCAUACAUGCUUAUUAUUUAAUUUUUAAUGACAGAAA